CGUUUCCUCUGCAAUGUUCACAGGUCCGCGCCUGGAGUGCCUAGAUGGGCUAUCGACGUGGCAGCCGGCGUUCCUCGCGGCCAGUGACGCUACAAUGACCGCCUACUACACGCGUCCCCACUACCAGGACGCGACCAUUGUCGACACGAUUGGCCCGGCGCGGUUGCACGAGCUGCAAGUCACCGUCAACGCCGCGAUGCCCGACGUCCCAGACGACCUCACGCCGGCACAGCGCGAAGGCGCCGAGAUCAUGCGCCAGCGCCAUCUCGACGCGCGUCUCAAGGACGCCAUUGCUUCCGAGUGCAGUGAGAUUCGAUCGCAGAGAGUCCAGUACGCGUGCGAGUACCUCCUCUCGGCCAUUGCGCCGUCGCUUCAUCCUCAUGUGGCGCCGACUACGGACCCGUACGGCAUGUGGCAGCGACUGACUGCCGCAGCGUCCAACGACGUGGGCUCGCUCCAGCGCGCCUACGCCAAGGUGACCGACAUGCGCUUCCAAGCCAAACGACCCAACUACGAGGCGCCGGGCGAUUUCUUUCAGCGCUUUGACGCCGCUGUCGACCCGUUCUUGGAGCAGCUGUUGACGUCGCCCGCCGACGUCGACGCGCCCGCCGUGGCAGCGUACAAAACGGCGUUGACGACCAAGCUCAAGUGUGUCUUGCUGGCGCACGCGUCGGGCCCCCAUGAUGCGAGUGUGCUCUCGGGGCUAUCAUCGUCGGACGUCGCCCGCGUUCAGAUUCACUUGCUGCCGUCGAUGGCCAAAGCAAGUGCGCGCCCGAUGCCGUCGUCCCACAUGGCAUGUGCCUACUGCGGCUACGACGACCAUCGCAUUGGCAUGUGCCGGCAGCACACCUUGGACUGGGAAAAUCGCAAUUUCCGCACGGAUUUCAUUACCGGAAGUCUACCGUUUCCGACCAUCGACGGCCAGGCGUGUACGCUUGCGUACGUCCCGCGCACCGCGAGCGAUGAAGCGGCGUUGAUGCGGAAGGGCCUCAUUCGCAAGUACCGCGGCAAGCGCAAGGAGGCGCCAGCUACACCCGUCGAUAUCGCCGAGAAGCGACAACUGCUGGAAGAGCGCUGCAUGCGCCGCAGCCGCACGUCGACCUUGUAGCGCUGUAGGUAUGCCCGCCAUCGUCGAGGGUCGAGGAAGCGGGAAGCAGCGUUGUCGUUCACGUAGCCCCCCAUGUAUAACCCUAUAAAGAAAGUUAGUCAUGCAGCACCUGC